ACCACUAAGUUAAACACGCGCACAUUUUGUAAAUAAAAACGUGAAUUGUACGGAUUUUAACGAUAAGAUGAGUUUCCUCAAACCCAAGACCCACAUCGAGCAGGGGGACAUUGUGAUCCUAUACUUAAGUGUCAAUUCGAUGCAUGCCAUUGAGGCGGUGCCCACAAUAGUGAACAAAAAGGGCGAAACCAUACAACACAUCUUCCAGACGAACUAUGGCUCUCUCAAGGUGGAAAGCAUCAUUGGCGUCGAGUACGGCAGCCGCGUGGAGCUCUCCAAGGGCUGGGCCAAUGUGCUCCAGCCCACACCUGAGCUAUGGACACAAACUUUGCCACAUCGCACUCAGAUCAUCUACACGCCGGAUAUAAGUAUGAUUCUGCACCAGCUGGAGGUGCGACCCGGUGCCGUUGUCAUCGAAUCUGGAACAGGUUCCGGCUCUCUGUCCCACUACUUCCUGCGCGCCCUCAAGCCCACCGGCCAUCUGCAUACGUUCGAUUUCCAUGAGGCUCGCGCCGACCAGGCACGCGAUGAGUUUAAGCGACACGGCCUCGCCGCAUUCGUAACCGUCUAUCACAGGGAUGUGUGCAAUUUGGGUUUCAGCAGCGAACUGGACGGGGCCGCCGAUGCGGUAUUCUUGGAUCUGCCCGCACCGGAUUUGGCUGUGCCGCAUGCAUUCAAGGCGUUGAAGUUGUCUGGCGGCCGCUUUUGCUCAUUCUCCCCCUGCAUUGAGCAGUCACAGCGCUGCAUCCAAGAACUGACCAAACUGGGCUUCAACGAGAUCUGCUCCAUGGAGGUACUGCAGCAGGAGAGCGUCAUCAAGACCCGUUCCCUGCCCGUCAUCGAUUUGGAGUUUCUCAAAUUGCCCAAAACUAAUGAGACGACAGCACAGACCACACCCAGCGCUGAGGAGAGUAAAACGCCCAAGGAGCUGAAGAAGUACUUAACGUCAAGCAAUCCCCAAACGCUGCCCGGGCACACAGGCUUCCUCACAUUCGCCACCCUGCCGCCCAAUAUACCAAAGGCUUGAUUAAUAAACGUGCAUUUCAUUUUA